GAGAAGUACCUUCAAAGUCAUUUGUAGAAGUAUCUAGGUACUUCUUCAAAUUACUACUCUUUCUAGGUACUCAAUCUGCAAUUUUGUCAAAUUGUGCAACCGGGUUUUCGGGUCAAUAAACUGAAACAAAAACUGAAAAAUCCCCAAAUCAUUUUCAUCAAAAAAUGGGGGAUUAUCAUUUUGUGUACAAAGAUGUAGAAGGAGCAUCAACACAAUGGGAUGAUAUACAAAGAAAGCUUGGAAAUCUACCACCAAAACCCCCAAUUUUCAAACCCGACCCGUUUACACCGGCUGAAGAUGAAGGUUCAAAGGCUAAAGAUAAAGAUUGGAUUGAUGAGAAAACUCAAGAUGAGCUUGAUGAUUUAGAAGAUGAUCCUGAUGUUAAUGAUGAUCGUUUUCUCCAAGAAUAUAGGAUGAAGAGGAUAGCCGAGAUGAAGGAAGUUGCUAAGAUUGUGAGAUUUGGAUCAGUGACACCAAUUUCCGGAUCAGAUUUUGUGCGGGAGGUUUCCCAAGCUCCAGAAGACAUCUGGGUGGUUGUGCUUCUGUAUAAGGAUGGGUACUCAGACUGCCAGAUACUUUUGCAGUGCUUAGAUGAAUUGGCCACAAAAUACCCUGCAACAAAAUUUGUCAAAAUUAUCUCUACCGAUUGCAUUCAGAACUAUCCUGAUUGUAAUCUUCCAACUGUUUUGGUAUACCACAAUGGUGCAUUGAAGUCGAAUUAUGUUGGAGUUCGCAGCUUUGGUCGGAGAUGCACACCUGAAGGUGUUGCAUUGACCCUCUGCCAGUCAGAUCCUGUUCUAAACGAUGGGCGUAGCAAGAAGGAACAGUCCCGAGAAGCUGUGCUGGAAGGAGUAAGGGAAAGAUUUCUCGAGAAGGUUGUGGCACAGCAUGAAGACGAUGAUGGAUCUUCUAGUGAUUAGUCCUGAAAUUAUGUUUGCAUCUUUUGUGGUUUUGAUGAAAUAUGAAUACUUUCUAGUGAUACUUCUGAUGCACCUCUGUUGUUUCAUUUUCGGUUUUCCCUUGCUAAACCACUCCGUAGGUUUCGGAUGUGUGAAAUAUUCUCUAGCUAGGUUUGCUCAAUGAAAAUGCUUACCGCACCGAGUUAUUUUUCCGAA